AUUAAUAAAAAUAUAUUUAUUUAAUAAUUUUAUUAAAAAACUAAUUAUUUCACGAAAAAAUGCCGCAGAAAUUCACACGCGAGUGUUUGAGUGCCAACGAUCGACAGGUGUUAGAUUCCGUUUUCAAUCCGUUGGAAUUGAGUAGCUUUGCUGACGUCACUACAAUUUCAGCAGAAGCUGAUUUAAUUGACCACGAGUUGGAAGACGAUAAAACAAUUAAUUUAGAAGAUUUGAAAAGGGCCAAAUUAUUAGAAGUGGAAGCCAUUAAAUUAACAGAAGAGGGAAAGCUAAAUGAAGCAUUGCAAAGCUUCCAAGAAGCAAUAAACGUGGCACCUGAGCGGGCUUCGAUUUAUAAUAAUCGAGCACAAGCACUGCGUUUGAUGAAGAGUGACGAUGAAGCACUUUCUGAUUUAAGUAAAUCCAUUGACUUAUGUACUGAAAAAUUAUUAAAAACAAAAUGCCAUGCGCUUUGUCAACGUGGAGUUUUAUUCCGGAAGCGUGAAAAUUUGGAGGCUGCACGCUCGGAUUUCAAUGAAGCUGCAAAGUUGGGAAGUCAAUUUGCAAGAACACAGUUGGUCGAAAUAAAUCCUUUUGCAGCGCUUUGUAAUCAAAUGUUGCGACAGGCAUUUGAGGAGUUGAAAUGAGACGACUUUAUACUUGAAGAUAUGAGAUCUUCAAUAGAGUUUAAAUAUAUAACA